AUGUACAACAACGAUGAUGAAGAAAAGACGACUCCGGAAUACGAGGAUGCCAUUGUGACGGCGCAAUUGGAGCAAUUGUUGGCAGAAGCAGGACUGGAAUCGGUUCCCAUUGAUCCCGUCUCGUUGGAAGCCAUGAAAGGGUUGGUGGCGACUGGAGAAAUUGGUCCUCACCACCAUACUACUACUACUACUGUGACGACUACUGCUAGUACGGAUGCGACGAUGGACAGGAUCACCCCGGAACCCUCCGCGUCGGAUCGUCAGCCAGGCGUUGUUGUGCCAAACAAACAAGACAGUCGUCGUUGUGUGAUGGAGAUGGAAGAAGAAUUCAAGGCCGUUGUUGGAGCGUCGCCCGUGGAAAACAAAAUUUUGGAGCAAUUGCAUCGUCAAACGGCACUGUUGGUGGACAUGCAACGACGCGUCGACGAUUUGACCGCGACGGUUCAUCGGUUGACCACGCAGCAUGGCAAUGUUGUCACUAAUAGCAGUGCUCCGACGGCAGCGGCGCCUGGCAAUCGACGCUUCUUUUCGGCGGAUCCACCUCCUCCAGCUACUAGUGCAACGACGACGACCAAGAAACGAACCGUGGUACCACCAAAGCCACACACGCAACAGCCACGUGCUGCCGCUCCUCAGGCAGCCGUUCCUCCUCCACAAGCACAAGCACCACCACAAGAACCACAAACGAUUUGGCAAAUGAUUCAGAAUUCGUUCACGUACAAGAUUCUCUUUUUAUUCGUUCAAUUGCGUCGUCGUCACGUACAAGAAUUGGAUGGCGGACUCAUUUUCAAAAUCCUCUUUAUGAUGGCCAUUCUAUCGGCCCGUAUGAGCAGCAGCAGCAGUGGCAGUAAAAAAUUUGCCUCGCAAACGGAAUGGCAUGUCAAAUUUGCGGCUUUGGUCUUGUUGGUGGUGGUGGGAUUUUUGGUGCAAACCGGUUAUGUCAAGUACUGUUAUCUCUUUUUUGUGAAAGAAAAUUAUCCCGCACGAGUCUUUGACGGUGAAUCCGUCCAACAGAUUUUGCAACAUCCACAGCGACAACAACAGCAACAACAACAAGGACAGCAGCCACCUAACAACAAUAACCAUCCACACCCCAACAAUAACAACAACAACAAUCCACCACGAGGUCCGCUGCCACCCAAUCAACGCCACAAUAACAACAAUAACAAUCAGGGGGGCGGUUGGCGCAAUACCUUUUUGGGAGGCAUGAUUCCGGAAGCCAAUCAAGGAGGUGUCGUGGGAGCCAUGCAAGAUGUGGGACUCUUGCUAGCGAGUUUUGUCAUGUCCAUUUUUCCCAUGUGGCACCCGGAGGCACCACGACGUCCACCGCCGCCACAAGAACAGCAAGAACAAGGCAUGGCAGCACCGGGACAAGUUGCGCCGCCGAGAAAUGUCCUACAAGCCGCCGAGGACGACGACGACGAGGACGACAACAACAACAAUCAGUAG